UAUCUUCUACUUAGCUAUCUUGGCAGCUCUGUUUCUCUUCUUCAUUCCUCAAGAAUAUGCCAGGUUUUUAGUAGAUAAUGAUAUGAAAAUUAACUUCUGACUACCUCAGAGGACUAGAAAGCUUUAGGUAUUAUUUUUUAAAUCCCUUCAAUCAACUUGAAUAGUUUACAUUUACUUUUCUACCAAGAGACAGAAAGAGUGGUUGGUUUGGUUACCUUGGUGCGCAGAACAGUGGUUAAAACGUGGUUUGUAACAACAAAUACAUAAAGGUCUUGUAUUUUCCAAACCGAUAGUCCAAUACUGACCCUGGUAUGUUAGGCCUGCUCAAUACAAGCGACUUUCAGUAAUUACUACUCGUAAAUUGUCUGACAUAUCUAGUGUGAUUUGGGACUAUUAUUAUAUGUAAUUGUUGAGAAAGUGUCAAUUUUGUGAUUUGUUUGGCCUAUUCUUAAGGGAAACAGAUUUAUAUAGUUGAGAGAAAAUAAUUCCUGAUUCACAGUUACAAGCAUGGAAGCAGAAAUCCCAGCUGCAGCUGUGAAAGAAUCUGAGCAACAGAAGUUUGCUCUACCUGUGGAUUCUGAAAACAAGGCCACCGAGUUCAGAUUGUUUUCCGUAGCUAAACCCCACAUGAGAUCUUUUCACCUAUCAUGGAUCUCUUUUUUCUCAUGCUUUGUGUCUAGCUUUGCUGCUCCACCCCUCCUUCCCAUAAUCCGGGACAACCUGAACCUCACAGCCACUGACAUUGGAAAUGCUGGUGUUGCAUCGGUUUCCGGUGCAGUAUUAGCAAGAAUUGCAAUGGGAACAGCUUGUGACUUAGUUGGACCGCGCCUGGCCUCUGCAUCACUCAUCCUCCUCACAGCACCAUUUGUGUACUUCACCUCCAUCAUCAACUCACCCACCUCGUACCUCCUUGUCCGUUUCUUCACCGGCUUCUCCCUGGCCACCUUUGUCUCCACACAGUUCUGGAUGAGCUCUAUGUUCUCUGCUCCGGUGGUCGGUUCGGCAAACGGAUUUUCCGGCGGAUGGGGCAACCUUGGAGGAGGAGCCACCCAACUGAUCAUGCCCCUUGUAUUCUCCCUCAUCCGUGACAUUGGCGCUACCAAAUUCACAGCAUGGAGGAUUGCAUUCUUUGUCCCUGCCAUGUUCCAGAUGCUCACGGCAUUUUCAAUCCUGAUAUUUGGGCAGGACAUGCCCAAUGGAAACUUCCAGCGGUUGAAGAAGUCAGGGGAGAAAGCAAAAGACGAAUUCUCAAGAGUGGUGUAUCAUGGGAUCAGUAACUACAGAGGGUGGAUUCUGGCGUUGACUUACGGCUACUGCUUUGGGGUGGAGUUGACCAUAGACAACAUCAUAGCUGAAUACUUCUAUGACAGGUUUAAUCUGAAACUCCACACUGCAGGAAUCAUUGCUGCAAGCUUUGGGUUGGCUAACUUGUUUUCUAGACCUGGUGGGGGUUAUAUAUCAGAUGUAAUGGGAAAGAGGUUUGGCAUGAGAGGGAGGUUGUGGGCUUUAUGGCUGUGCCAAACCUUGGCUGGUGUCUUCUGCAUCAUCCUUGGCCUUGUCGGAUCUUUAAGUGUAUCCGUCCUUAUUAUGAUCAUAUUCUCUAUCUUUGUCCAAGCCGCAUGUGGAAUGACCUUUGGGAUUGUUCCCUUUGUCUCAAGAAGGUCAUUGGGGGUGAUAUCUGGAAUGACAGGAGGAGGAGGCAAUGUGGGUGCAGUUGUGACCCAGCUAAUUUUCUUCAAAGGAUCCAAGUUUUCAAAAGAAAGAGGAAUAACUCUAAUGGGAGUGAUGAUCAUAAUAUGCACUCUGCCAAUAUGUUUAAUCUAUUUUCCACAAUGGGGUGGAAUGUUUUGUGGUCCCUCGUCUAAGAAGAUCACGGAAGAAGAUUACUACUUAGCUGAGUGGAACUCAAAGGAGAAGGAGAAAGGGUCCCAUCAUGCAAGCUUGAAAUUUGCCAAUAACAGCAAAAGUGAAAGAGGCAAAAAACUGAAUGCAUCAACAGAGCCUUCCGAGGAGAUCUAACAUAUCGCACGUGCUUGAUUGCUCCUCUCGCUUCCUCAACUUGUUAAUCCUUCUAUCUUCACUCAAGCCUCGCCAUAAAGUUUGUCAUAUCAAAUCAAUGCAUGUUCCUAUGUUUUCUGCAUAAUGAAGUUUUCAUUAGUAAGGUGAAAUGGUUCCCAAGGUUUACUUUGAAAA